AUGGUGCUUCUGGGUAAAACUGGAUCAGGAAGGAGUGCAACAGGAAACACAAUCCUGGGCAAACAUGCCUUCAAAAGUGAAGUCUCACCAAAUGGAGUCACCAAAACAUGUCAGAAAAAAGUGAUGGCAAACGCAAAUAAACACUUAGUUAUUGAUACUCCAGGAAUUUCUGAUAAAUCAAUGACUCAAGAACAGCUGAACUUUGAAAUGAUGAAAUGUAUCUACAUGUCUGCUCCUGGUCCUCAUGUGUUUCUAUUGGUGAUCAGAUUGGAUGUUAAAUUCACAGAGGAAGAAAUUAAUGCAGUAAAAUGGAUUCAGGAGAACUUUGGAGUAGAUGCUGCACAUUACACAGUCAUUCUGUUCACUCACGCUGAUCAGCUAAGCGAAUCAUUGGAAAAAUAUAUAACAAAGAAUUCUGAUUUACAGAUGUUGACGGAGACCUGUGGUGGCAGAUAUCACUCAUUUAACAAUAAUGAUAUGGAAAAUCACUCUCAGGUAACACAACUGCUGGAGAAGAUUGAGAAUAUGGUGAAAGAAAAUGAAGGAAAUCACUACACCAUUAAGAUGUACCAGGAGGUUCAAAAAAAGAUUUUGAGUAAGAUGUUCAUAUCAGAUUCAUCUGAUCUGAGGAUUGUUUUGCUGGGUAAAACUGGAUCAGGAAAGAGUGCAACAGGAAACACGAUACUGGGUCAGAAACAUUUUAAAGCCGUUCAGUCACCAGUGUCAGUGACUGAAUCCUGCCAGAGUCAAGAGAUGAUAAUGGAUGAAAUAAGGAUUUCAGUUAUCGACACUCCAGGACUCUUUGAUACAUCAGUGACAGAACAGAACCUGAAGUGUGAGAUUGGAAAGUGUGUCGAGUUGUCUGCUCCUGGUCCUCAUGUAUUUCUGCUGGUCAUCAGACUGGAUGUGAGAUUCACAGCAGAGGAAAAGAACACUGUGAAAUGGAUACAGGAUAACUUUGGAGAUGCCGCCGCACAGUACACAAUCAUUCUGUUCACUCAUGCUGAUGCACUAAAGAGUGAAUCUCUUGAUGAUUAUGUUAAUCAAUGUUCCUAUCUUCAGGAAUUAAGUGAUACCUGUGGUGGCAGGUAUCACUCAUUCAACAACAACACCAAUGACUAUGACAACAACAAAAGCAAGGGAAAAUCUGCUCAAGUCAUAGAACUUUUGUUAAAAAUUAAAAAUAUGGUUAGGGAGAAUGGAGGAGGGCAUUACACCAAUGAUAUGUACAAGGAGACUCAAUGGAAGAUAGGAGAAAGAAAGAUGUUCUGGUCAAUGAAACCCAUGUUUUUCCUGCUGGGAAAAAGUAGAUCAGGAAAAACUGCAACAUUAAAAAACAUUAAAAGACAAGAUUGUGAUUCAGCAUUAACAACCUGUGAGAAACACGAAGCAAAUGUGGAUCAAAAAAACUUUACAAUAAUUGACACUCCAGAACUGUUUGAUACAUCAGUAAUGAUGAAGUCAGAGAUUGAGAAGUUUGUUGGUGAGUCUUCUCCUUUGGUGUUCCUGCUUGUCAUCAGACUGAAUGACAAAUCUACUGAGAAGAACUCAGUGAAAUGGAUUCAGAAGAACUUUGGAGAAGAUGCUGUGAAAUACACCAUCAUUCUGUUCACUCAUGUUGACCAACUGGGAAGUAAAUCAUUAAAGGAACAUAUCGCAGAAAAUUUUGGUUUGCAAGUACUGGUUGACAGCUGUGGUGGCAGACAUCACUCACUUAACAAUGAGGACAAGGAGAAUCUCUCUCAAGUCACAGAACUGCUAGAGAAAAUUGAUCAAAUGGUGGAUGAGAACAGGGGUGAAUAUUACACCAAUGAGAUGUAUCAGGAGGCUCAAAGAAAGAUAACAGAUAGAAAGAAAUUUUGGUCUGUGAAACCCAGGAUUGUUCUGCUGGGAAAAAGUAAAUCAGGAAAAACUGCUACAAGAAAAAUCAUUCUUAGACAAGAGUGUGAGUCACCAAAUUUAGUUACCAAGUCCUGUGAGGAACAUGAAGCAAAUGUGGAUGAAAAGAACAUCACAAUAAUUGACACUCCAGACCUUUUUAAUGCAUCAGAAAAGAAGAUAAAGUCUGAGAUUGGAAGGUUUGUUCGCAUGUCUUUUUCUGGUCCUAUUGUGUUUCUUCUAGUCAUCAGAUUGGAUGACAUAUACACAGAUGAAAACACAGUGAAAUGGAUUCAGGAGAACAUUGGAGAUGGUGCGGAAAAAUACACCAUCAUUCUGUUCACUCAUGUAGAUCAGCUGAGGGGUAAAGCAUUAGACGAACAUAUCACAGAAAAAUGUCCAGAGUUAUUGUUUAACAGCUGUGGAGGCAGAUAUCAUUCAUUCAGCAUUCAGGAGAGAGAAAAUCAAUAUCAGGUCUCAGAGCUGCUGGAAAAGAUAGAAAAUAUGGCUGAGAGCAAUAAAUGGAAAUACUACACAAAUGAAAGGUUUGAAGAAAUUGUAAAAUUUAAGAAAGCACUUAAAAAAUGUAAAGAUGGAGCACAACAAGUUGCAGGAACAGCACUUAUGGCAACAGGAGGCUUUAUUCUGGGAGUAACAGGCCUUGCAGCAGGGUUGGCCUUAUCACCAAUUGCAAUUAUCAGUGGAGGUUUAGUUGUAGCUGGAGCUGCAGCAACUGGAGAAUUUACUGACAAAGAAAAAGAAGAACAGGAGACAAUGUAA